AUGGCGUUACCCGCUACAAUUGCUAUUCUUCCUUUAGGCACUCUUUUCAUUCUAUCUGGCCUCAUUGUUAAUGUAAUCCAGGCAAUCUUCUUUGUCCUUGUUCGUCCACUAUCAAAGACUUUAUACAGAAGAAUAAACAAAGUGCUUACAGAAUCACUAUGGUUGGAGCUUAUAUGGCUCGUUGAUUGGUGGGCAGGUUUCAAGGUUAACCUGUACGUAGAUUCAGAAACUUUUCAAUUAAUAGGUAAAGAAAAUGCACUUCUGAUCUGCAACCACAAGAGUGACGUUGAUUGGCUUAUUGGAUGGGUCUUAGCUCAGCGCUAUGGUUGCCUUGGUUGCACUAGAGCCAUUAUGAAGAAAGAGGUCAAAUACCUUCCCGUUCUAGGUUGGUCAAUGUGGUUUGCUGAAUUUUUAUUUUUGGAAAGAAACUGGGCUAAAGAUGAAGCAGCACUGAUGUCAGGUUUUAAGAGGCUAGAGCACAUCCCAAUGCCUUUUUGGUUGGCUCUUUUUGUUGAAGGAACUCACUUUACUCAAGAAAAGCUUUUAGCAGCUCAAGAGUUUGCUGUUUCAAGAGGGUUGCCUAUACCCAGAAAUGUUUUGAUUCCUCGUACUAAGGGUUUUGUGGCAGCAGUAACACAUCUGCGGACAACCGUUCCAGCCAUUUAUGAUUGCACAUUUGUAGUUCCAAAAAGUGAGCCUUCACCAACAAUGUUGAGAAUAUUUAAAGGGAUUUCUUCUUCGGUGAUGGUUCAAGUUAAACGACACAAAAUGGAGGAACUUCCACAAACAGACGAUGGCAUUUCACAAUGGUGCAAAGACAUAUUUGUUGCCAAGGAUGCUUUAUUGGAGAAAUAUAAUACUCAGGGUAUAUUCAGUGAACUAGAACUUCAACAAAUCCAUCGACCAAAGAUAUCUAUAUUGGUUGUCGUUUCUUGGGCUUGUCUCCUUGGCUUCCUUCUUUAUAAAUUCUUCAAGUGGUCUAAACUCCUCUCCACGUGGCAAGGCAUCUUAUUUACAGUACUUUUCCUUGCUCUUGUGGCAGUUGUUAUGGAAACCCUCAUUCAUUCAUCUCAAUCAGAGCGUCCUAAACCCAAGAAUUUACCUACACAAGAUCCCAUGAAGCAGAGUCUUCUUCAGACAUGA